UUGAAAUAUAUAGACCGAGUGCCGGCUUUGAUUGUCUUGUUCUUGGAUCUUGACUGGGAUCAUGCUUCAUGGAUUGAGAAGAAGACUGAAGCUGAGAGUAAAUGUGCAAGUCUUCGAGCGAGUGUUGGCCAGUCCAGUAGAGUGGCUGUUGUGCUCUUGCAGCAGAGGUCAGUACCAACAUCAAGUGAUGAUCCAUUAGCUACUGAGCGUGCUCAUGAACUGUGCCAAAUUUGCCAUCUCACGCCAAGACAGCUAUUUGUGACUUUUAGGUCAGUACCAACAUCAAGUGAUGAUCCGCUAGCAACCGAGCGUGCUCAUGAACUAUGCCAAAUCUGCCACCUUACACCAAGACAGCUGUUUGUGGUUCCUAUUCUUGGCGAUUUGAGUGGCUAUGUGUCCAAGCUUGAGUCUGCAUUCCAUGAGUUGGCACAAGGGUUCUAUCAGCAGAAACUGAAGGCUAUCCGAGCACGGUCUAUACCGAAUAAUUCACCAGCAUUAGUUGUUCGUCAGCUAUUCAAACUUGCCUUCCUCUCGGAACUGCGGCAGGACACCCAUACUGCUUACAGAAACUAUCGUCUCGCUUAUGAACAGUGCAAGGAUCAUGUCGAAAGCUGGGAUCCCUACGAUAUUUUCGAGUGGCGGAGUGUUGUUGGGCUACUGAACUACAAGAUUUGCGAGUUAUGUUUUCUGCAUAAUAUGGCUGUCGAAGCGAUUAAUCAGAUGCGCAGGCAUCAAGCUGUAUUCUUCUCCGGUCCUGCCGGGCUUUUCGAACAAGCUGUAGUGAACGGAUUAACAGCGUUAGCUACAUUGAAUCCUGGAACACAUCUGGAUUUGGCCGCUUCAUUAUACUCCGCAGUGAACAAGAGUAUUCUAGCAUUGAAGAAGAGUGAGUCAUUUAUUCGCCUUACAAAAGGUCUGAAUAAUCUGAAUGGUUCUCAGCGAACCCUUUGACA